AUGAUGAAGCACCUGCAGAAACUUCUGCUCUCCCUCCUGCUGGUGACAUGGGCCUCAGCUAAAGACAAUUAUUUCCUGCAUCAGACGAAGAGAGGAGGUGAAGGCAAGACCCACCCCAUACCCUACGUGGCCUAUCUGCAAGGAAAGAACAAUGGUUUCUGUGGAGGCUUCCUAGUGGCCCCGAACUGGGUGAUGACAGCGGCUCAGUGCUUCAGACACAAACCUCUGACUGUCAUCCUUGGAGCCCACACAAUACAGAGGAAAGAGGAAAGCUGGCAAACGUUUGAAGUCCAAGAGUAUCACCGCCAUCCAGACUACAUGGAUCCUAAGAAUGGAAAUGACAUCCUCUUGCUGAAGCUGAAAGGCAAUGCCACCAGCAACAGCUACGUUAGGACCAUUUCCUUUCAAACAUCAAAAGUCCCUGAUGGGACUGCAUGCAGCAUAGCUGGCUGGGGCUACAAAACACCCACUGCCACAUUACGCAAAGGCACCGUCACCAUCAUCAAACAAAGGGACUGCCUCAGCGUUUACCCUACACUUGCUGACAAGAUGAUUUGUGGCCACAGUGUAUCUGCCUGGGUACCUGAAAAGACUGAUGCUGGGGAUCCACUCGUCUGCAACAACAAAGCCUAUGGCAUCUUCUCCUACAGGCAUAACAAUUGGCCUGGCUUUUACACACACAUUGCUUCUUACCUUCCCUGGGUCAAUAGUAUCAUGAAGUCAGCCUGA